UGCACACACCCUCCUCUCACACGAAGAAGAAGAAGAAGAACUUUGAACAUUCCCGUGAGCAUGUGAACACAGCGAUAGGUUCCACCAGACUUAGGAUAGGAUGGAGGAAACAAGAAAAGCACGUCAAGGAAACAGCAACCUUUAAAGUGCACCGCAGCCUGGUUAUCACGGGAUGGGCCGCUAUUAUCGUCACCAAGGCCGGUUGACGUGGGGCUGGAUGAGUGGGGCUGGAUGAGUGGGGGGUCUGGGUUGGAGUGGACACCGGUGAAGUGGAGCGCGCGCGCCAGGGUUGGGAAGUUGUACUUCCUUAAACAUGCCUGCGUUACUUAAAGACAGACCUGUGAACAAUUAGAAACAGCUUCCAGGACUUUACGUCAGCUCCAGUUAGAGGGGAGGAAGAGCGGAGGAAUGCCCGGGACGGGAAGCAGGAGUUCCUACCAACAGUUCAACGAUGAAGACGACGACGACAAAAUCAGCGGUCCUUUGUCUCAAGACUCUUUCGACGAUGCUGACGAGGAGACGGUGCCCGAGGAGUCCAACGGCAACGUCGGACAAGAGAAUGACAUGGGAGGAAACAGUCCACCGCGGAGAUUCAGCAAAACCUGCGUGAAGAACGUCUUCACCGUGCUGCUCAUCUUCAUCUACCUGGUGCUGACCGCCGUGGCGAUUUUCCUGGCCUACCAGACCAUCUCCGACUUUCUGGACAAACUCAGUCAGCCUGUCAUGUCGGUCAGCUACAAGGAAGUGGACUCCUUCUCUCCUCCUGGUAUCGCUCUGUUUCCUGACGAUGCUCAGCUGCUGAGCUGCAAACAUCACUACCAUGACAACAUCCCACCUCUAGUGGACCCUGGUACGCCUCAGGAAAGGGACUGUGAGAUCACCGAGGUGACUUACUUUGGGCCGUUCGCAGAGCACAAACAGAAACGGGCCGUGGUGGUCCGUGGCCCGUCGGACGUGAAAAACAAAGAGCUGAUCUUCGUGCAGUUCAGCCAGAAUGAAACCCGGGAGGACUUCAGUGCCAUUUCAUACAUGCUCUUUGCGAAGUUCAGUGACUUGAUUGAAAGUGCGAACAAGUCAGCGUUCAUGAGUGACUGCGAGCGGAAUUACUCCAUGUGGACCUUCUCUGGAGGAUUCAGAACCUGGGUCAAAAUGUCUCUCGUGAAAACGUCCGGCAGACGCAGCGAAGCGGUGGAGUUUCGGCAAGAGUCGGGAGUGGUGAAAUUCAACGACAAGAGGCCCGAAUCAGAACAGACGGUUCAGCUCUUCUUUGUUGUCUUUGAGUGGCGAGAUCCUUACAUUCAGGAAAUCAGGCUGAUCGUGACUGCGAAUCCCUGGAGCUCCAUCGGCAUCCUCUGUGUCAUCUUCAUGGCUCUCUUCAAGGCUGCAAAUUUUGCUAAGCUCACCAUCAAGUGGAUUAUUAAGAUGCGCAAGAGGCACCUGAAGCAUAAAGCAAGGGAGCUAAACCCGAUAAACUAAAACUCAACGCAGGAAAACUCUGCUCGCACGUGCUGGCAUGAAGAGAAACGUUCAAAUGAAUGAUUUUUUUAUCACACAUGCUGCUUUUUUUUUUAACAAUUAUUUACAUAUAUUUUUGAUAAUUGGAGAAUAAUGUACACUAAGGAUUGGAAUGUAAAGUUUGUACACACAGAGCUAGCUACAUUUUAGCAUUUUAGAUUCACCAAUUCUCCUGGGCUGUAUUUCCUUUAUAAAAGUGAAAUAUUUUGUUGCAUUUCUGAACAUUCCUGGGAACACAACUUUGCACAUACUCAGUAAUGUUGCUGAGAAAUGAGAUUCUUUAAACGUUUUUUUGUAUAUUUUUUUUUCAGUGAAACUGAGAAACAGUUUUGGACACUAGAUAAUUCGAGAAGGGAGUAGUGUAGUGAUUCUCUUCUAUGUUCUUUGUUUUGCAAAUAAAAUGUCUGAAACAUUUCCUAGAUUAUCUCAAAAGGGAUUAUCAAAAAAUGAA